AUGCACUAUAUAUAUUUACCUAUCACCAUUUUCUGUAUUCCAGGAGCGCUCUCAGAUGAGAAAGACAGCGAGUGUUUGAAGAAGUGUAUAUUACCGCUAGCGAAUUUGGAGCGGAGUUUCCACUAUGUAUUUAACAACUACGAACAUGUGUGCGACACCUUGGAAGCUGGAGCGUACUGUGUACAAAAGUGUUCUAGAGAGGAUCAGCAGAAAUUUUACCAAUACACAACGUUCUACAGAAUCCACUGUGUCGACUACGAAGAAGUAUGCAAAAACAGAUGCCAUAAUGGAUAUAAGGUGGAAAAAACGGAUGAAGAAGAGAAGAAGAUGAAGAUCGGGUGUUUAUCGCUGGAAUGCUUUACAGUAUGCUACUUCCAGGAAUUUAUUGCAGAGUGUCCUGACGCUGAAGAUGCACUUCUGAAAUUGAACAUCGGUCAGAUUCAUUCGGUAGCGCAAAUGAUCCAUCCAAUUUCGUUCGAGAGAAUGGCACAGGAAUGUCGAAACGUGCACGAUAGCGACCACAUGAAGAAGAAACUUCUUGGUAUUGACUGA